AUGGAACCUGGAACCGUGGGUGGCGCCAAGUACGGUGUUGCUAAGAAGACCAACAUCAUCGGCGUGAAGGUCUUGGACAGUGACACCGGAAGCGCAUCAGAUGUCUUCGCUGGAUUUGACUGGACGGUCAACGACAUCGUUUCCAAGGGCCGCCAAAACACCGCCGUCAUCAACGUCUCGCUCGGCUCUUCCGCGUCAACAACAUGGGAUGCCGCUAUCACUGCAGCAUGGAAGAAGGGCGUUCUCGUCGUGACAUCAGCAGGAAACGAGGAUUCCCCUGCUAUCAACAGCUCGCCAGCUCGCUCCCCUGAAGUUAUCUGUGUUGGUAACAUCGAAAUCACCAACAAGAGACACAGCGGCGGUGGAGGCUCCAACUACGGCGCUGCGGUCGACAUCUUUGCUGCUGGAACGAACAUUGUAUCGGCAUCCAACCUGGGCGACACAGAGACGAGGACGCUGACCGGUACUUCCAUGGCAUCUCCUCACGUAGCGGGCUUGGUCUCGUACCUCCGUGGUCUUGAAGGGCCGUCAACUGCUGCCGAUGUCAAGGCGAGGGUGUAUGCGCUAGCUACGCCCAAUGUUGUGACGGAUCCAAUGGGCUCGGUCAACCUACUCGCGUUCAAUGGUAACAGCAAGUAG